AUGGCUACCAAGCAGGAACAUGAACAAAAGCUACCUUUGUCUCUUUUCGUGGACAAAGAAAAAAACCGUGUAGUUUUUGCUGAAACAAACGGUGACUUCAUUGACAUUUUGUUUAGUUUUCUCACACUUCCACUAGGGACUAUCAUUAGGCUCGUGUCCAAGAAUCAACAAAGCCAUUAUGGUACUACUAGUACUAAUGAUCAACCUCAAGAAGAGAUAACCAUCGGUUGCAAGAAUAAUCUUUACAAGAGUGUGGAAGACUUGAGUGAUGGUGUUUUCUGGAACAGUAUUUGCAAGAGAAUGUUGCUUUAUCCACGCAACCCUUGCGAGUCCCUUUGUCAGAAACUGAAGUUGAAUGUGGAUGAUUCAGAACUUACAAAGUACUUCAUUUGUAGUGCUUGUCCUGAAGGGAAGGGUAUGAUGAGUACUUUUGUUGGUGCUAAUUGUUCUUGUGGGAGUUUGAUGGACAAAGAGAUUAAGCUGCAUGAAGAUUAUGAUGAAGAAAAUGAUAGUGAGGAUGGUGUUUUUGUUAGGAGGGAAAAGUUGUAUUUAGUUUUUGAUGAUUUGUAUGUGCUCCAAAGCUCUCCUAGCAAGACUCUUAACGAACUCCAAAAACUUGGUUACUCAGACAUCAACAAGCUUACACAUAUGUCUAUAAAUGUUGGUUUGAAAGAGAUUUUGGACUUGCUAAAGAAAGCAUUAACCUCCAAGUCUCCUUUGAGUGAUGUAUUCUUGGGAAAUGAAGAAUCUUACCAAAAGUGCACUUUCUCCCCAUCUCCUUCACGUUCAAUAUAUACUACUUAUAUGUACCUUAAGGUAAUUGUAAGAAAAUCAGAGAAGAAGGUACUUUAUGCUGAAGCUGGUGAAGAUUUUGUUAAUUUUCUAUUCAGUUUCCUCACAACACCUAUUGGAACUAUUCUAGAGGAAUUGAAAGAGAGCAAUUUUUCAUUAGUAUGUAUGGAUAGAAUUCGAAAUGCUGUGAAAGUACUCAGAAUGAAUUUAUCAUUUCGAGAUCCUUAUUGCUUCAUAAGGCCUAUAAAUCAUCUUUUACCAAAUCCAAAAGUGGCUUCUCAAUUUGGUUAUAUGAGUCAGCCACUGAAAAAUCUAUGUGAAGAAAAAACUCCUAAUUACAGGUAUGAUAAUGGUGGAGUGAAAAAGGAUAUAGAUGUAGUUCAUCCAAAGCAAAAAAUAGAGCUUUUUGAUCCAAGAUCUCUAUAUGGCACAAUUAAAUCUGCUGUAGGGUUUGUGAAGUCAUCAAAAUUUGUUGUGUGGGAUAAUCUGCAAGUGACACCAUUGGAUAAUAAUACUUCUAGCAUUACAUUUUUGCAAAAUCUCAACAUUCCUUUGGAUGAUUUGAAGGUGCAUGAAGUGGAGAUUACAGAUAUAAAGGCACAAAACUUGUUGGGAGCUUCUUUGUCUUCUUCCCAAGCUGUAUUAACAGAAACCUUCUUCCCUUCAGUGAAGAAGCCAAAGGAAGAAGCUAAAUAA